UGAUCGUGAUCUGCAACGGAUCGUGAUCUACACCAGGUCCCGGCCAGCUUGAAGCUCCGUAGCAAGCGACCCGCUCCCGUCACUGUCGAUCGCUCCCAGUCCGUCCGACACCUCCUUCCGGAAUAUUGUCCGCGAUCGUGCCUCAACAGCACAGGCCGAUUCUCCUCCGAUAACAAUCAACAUCCCAGCCCCAAGGCGACCCACUCCAAGUCGACAUCGCCCACGUCCCGCUGACCUUUCGUAGCUUUGAUAAAAUGAGCCCAACCAAGCUUCCCUUCCACAAGAUCGUCCAUCACCCAAGCCAGCCGUUCUUGCUGCUGUGCUAUGGAAACAAAUUUGACAUUGUCUCGACCGACUCUGGCUCUAUCCGAGCUGCCCCACAGUCCCGAUUCGGGCCGACGACGUCCAGCCCAACCACUCUGUCCAAGACCCAUCCCAUACCCGACCACCUCUUUGCCAAGGACGACAUCCGUGUCGCUGCCUUCCACACGGACCGGCUCGUCACCGGCGGCGACGAAAAGUCCCUGUCGAUCUGGAAUACCGAUACAUGGGAGGUCCUGGACAAUUCGAGGCAGUUUGUCAAGCGCCCCAACGCCGUCACGUUCUCCAAGGACGGUAGCUAUGUUCUUGGCGGUGAUAAGGCCGGUGAUGUCUACAGUUUCCACACCCACGAGACCAGCGAGAAGCGGAGCUUGCUUCUGGGCCAUGUAUCGAUCAUUCUUGACUUGGCGCUUUCUCCCUGUGGCAAGUAUAUCAUCACUGCCGAUCGAGACGAGAAGAUCCGCGUCACUCAUUAUCCACACAGCUACGACAUACAGUCCUUCUGUCUGGGACACAACGAAUUCGUAUCCACUAUCGCUAUUCCCGCAUGGGCGCCCAAGACGCUCCUGUCUGGCGGCGGCGAUCCUUAUCUGAUUGCCUGGAACUACGUCCACGGGGAGCAGCUCUACACAGUCGAUCUGCGUGCUCCUUUAGCUCGGGCAGACGAGAACAUGGACGCUACCGCCGACUUGACCGUGCUGGCUAUCCGCACCUGCCCCAAAACACACCACAUCGCUGUUUUGAUCGAGAAGCAAAAGCAUGUUCUGAUCUUUGACGGCAAGAACGCGGCGGCCGGCAUCACCCUCAACACGAUCAUUCCGAUCGAUGUCGACGCACUCGAUAUCGUCUUUGAUCACUCCGGACACCUCUGGAUCUCAAAGUCACCCUUGAACAAUCCGAGUGGACGGCUCAUUGACAUCGCACGAUGCUCUGCUGAGGGAGUGCUCCAAGCCCCCGUGCCUGACGAUCCGUUGACAAUCAAGAUCAACCGUGUCAGCGUCCAUCCCACUGUCGAGAAUGAGGCCGAGCUCGAUCUUUAUCCCAUCUCACAGCACCGCAAGAGCAUCAUAUCGGGACUCAAGCAGGGCCGUCCCAAGCCACCUCCAGUGAAGCGUACUCGCCUGGCCGAUUCUCUGCCUGGCGGAUCCAGUGGCAGCCCCGAGAGAAAGAAAGUCAGUCGAGGCGGUCAGCGUGCUCGAGCAGCAAAGCUGGUCAAGCAGUCGCAGGAUCAGCAACACGAGCCGACCGAGGAAGAAAAUGAUGGAGUGGCUGAGGGCGACGAGUAGAACGGCUUCCUGGAGAGUGUCUGGAUAGAGCCCUUCCUCUUGCAUGUUUCAUCCACUCCAUGCCUCCUCUUCGUGCGCUCACAUUGUAAGGUUGUAUUUGAGGUGUACAUUCGAUCGCUCGACAGUACCACUUCCGGUUCUUGCUAUCGCGGCUUUGCAACCUAUUACUCCACCGCCACGGUGCAUUAUCAGCUCGAGGGCUCAAUACAUUUGCGUGCGAGAUUGGCGCUCUCGUCAUCCUCGCCAAGUGAUAUCAUGCG